AUGGCAGACUCAAAUCUCCCUUCCCAAGUAGAAAUCCCUACCUUCAAACCCCUACCCUUCAUUGCCCACCUUCGUUAUCAUGGCAUCCUCCGAAAAAUAGGCAAAUGGAGAUCAGAAGUUUACAGUUGGCGUGAUUCUAAACUCAUAUAUCUCGGUAUCUAUUCUAAGCCAGAAAUGGCCGCCAUUGCUUAUGAUGUGGCUGCGCUCGCGUUCAACGGAGACAAAGCAGUGUUAAAUUUUCCUGAUGCAAUAUGGUCACAUCCGGUGCCAAAAUCGAAUUCAAUUGUUGAUAUUAAAGCUGCAGCAGCCUUAGCAGCAAAACAGUUUGGUUCGAGGCUUGAGGGUGUUGAUGCAUCUAAGGUGUGUUAG